AUGAGUGCGCCAUCAGUAAGUAAAGCAGCUUUGGAACGUAAAUUUAUUGAAUGUGGCGAACGCGACCGAAUGAAAGAAUUGUUGUUGCAAAGGUUGCGAGAAAGUGGUUGGGUGGAAGAAGUGGAGAAUAUGUGUCGGAAUUAUAUACAAAAUAAGGGUAUCGAACAAAUAACGCUGGAAGAUGUGCUGAGCGAUGUACGAGUUCGAGCCAGACGAGCAGUACCAGAUGAAGUGAAACGUGAACUGAUGCACUGUAUUCGUUCAUUUUUACAACAACAAUCUGGCAUUAAUGAUCUCUAA